AUGAAUUCGAAAAACGAUGACGAUCGCAUGCAAAAAGAUGAUGACCGCCGGACGAAGGCGACUCCCGCACAUCGUGCCCACGAGAAAAACUGUUCGGACUUUGGCAGCAGAGCGGGAGAGAAAAAGAGAGAGAGAGAGAGAAGGACAGUUCCGAAGGACACGCACACUUGCCUUGACCCGACGAUUUCGAGAGAGGAGGUGGAGCGUGCGGAUUGGCAGAACUGCGGACGCACUUCUGAAGAGGACUUCCGAAGAGGAGAGGAAGAAGAAGAAGAAGAAGAAGAAGAAGAAGAAGAAGACGAGGAACAGAUUCUCCGUGACGGCAAAGAAUGA